AUGCCUGGAGACAGAGAUGACGAGAUUUGUCAAAAGGCGCUUGAACUCCUGUCAGAUCUUUGCUCGAAGGGGGAAGUGCAGAACGAGAACUGCCUGAAUUUUAUCUACUAUUUCCGAGACCUCGCCCGGCCACGCUACACGGAUUCAGAUAUAUCAGUGAGUCUGCUGUCGCUGGUGGUGACUGCCUGUGGCUUGGCCCUGUUCGGAGUCUCUCUCUUCGUCUCCUGGAAGCUCUGCUGGAUACCAUGGAGAGAGAGUCUACUCUCACCCACCACCAAGGAGACCCAUGGGGAGCCCACUCCUGUGGCAUCUGUUGUGUCGGUGGAGGCCCCGGUCACUCCGGUGUCCCCGCCACCCGUGGUCCUGGCCACGCCUGAGGCAGUAAUGAAGAUCAGUCACACGUCCCCAGACAUCCCACUGGACGCCCAGACUAAAAGUCGGGAAAAUGGGGUCCACACUAACCCUCGCGUGCAGAGACAGACCACUGAACCUACCUCUGCCCACAGACAAGGGACGAUUCGUAGACAUAUGAACUUGUCUAACCCGGACUUCAACGUGGCCCAGUUCCAAAGGCAGGACUCCCUCACUGGAAUGGGACUGGGCCUCGGCCGUCUCAAACCCGAGCUCUACAAACAGCGCUCCCUUGAGGGAGAUGAAGUAAAUUGCAGAGGAGGAGGCUGUGGACGCCUCAGCUUCAUCCUCAGAUUUGACUGUGACCAGGAGCAGCUAAUAGUUAAGAUCCACAAAGCAGAGAACCUGCCAGCCAAGGACUUCUCUGGUACCUCUGAUCCUUACGUUAAGAUCUAUCUGCUGCCCGAUCGUAUGACCAAACACCAGACCAAGGUGCACCGCAAGACGCUGAACCCUGUGUUUGAUGAGGUCUUCCUGUUUCCCGUGGCGUACUCUGAGCUUCCUACACGCAAGCUGCACUUCAGUGUCUAUGACUUUGACCGCUUUUCUCGCCAUGACAUUAUUGGCCAAGUGGUUGUGGACAACUUCCUGGAUCUGGCCGAUUUCCCGCGGGAGACAAAACUCUGCCGGGAAAUCCAGUAUGUCUCCACGGAUAACGUGGACCUCGGGGAUCUGAUGUUUUCACUCUGUUACCUGCCAACUGCAGGCAGAUUGACUAUUACCAUGAUAAAGGCUCGAAAUCUGAAGGCCAUGGAUAUCACCGGUGCAUCUGACCCGUACGUGAAGGUUUCUUUAAUGUGUGAUGGUCGCCGACUGAAGAAGAGGAAGACGUCGACGAAAAGGAACACUUUAAAUCCAGUGUACAAUGAGGCUAUUGUCUUUGAUGUUCCUCCAGAAAACAUAGAGCAGAUCAGCCUUAUGAUUGCAGUGAUGGACUAUGACCGCGUGGGCCAUAACGAGGUGAUUGGAGUGUGUCGAGUUGGGAACGAUGCAGACAGCCUCGGUCGAGACCACUGGGGCGAAAUGCUCACAUAUCCACGGAAACCUGUCGCCCACUGGCAUCCUCUUGUCGAGUACCAGGGGACCACAGGAAGCCAGGGAGGAUCAUGUAACUCUCUGAGGACGCCUCCCUCUCCAUAG